UAGAGCGACCAGCGACGCUUCCCAGGCAACGCGCGCGUGCAUUUCAGGCUCAGCACCACCUCCGCCGUUAGUCGCACCACAACACAUCUACAACGUGAUGGCACCGCUUAUGAACGCCAUGUAACGCCGAAUAGCUCAUUGAAAACGACGACCGCGUAAAAGAAGAAACUACAGUUAUCCGUCAGUGUUUGUAGUUGAGGACAGCCAUGCCUCUUGUAAAGAGGACCAUCGAGCCCAAGCACCUGUGUCGGGGAGCUCUGCCUGACGGGGUGACCAACGAGCUGGAGUGCGUCACAAACAGCACACUGGCAGCCAUUAUCAAACAGCUGGGAGGACUUAGUCGACAUGCAGAAGACAUCUUCGGGGAGCUGUUUAAUGAGGCCAACAGCUUCUACAUGCGCAUGAACAGUUUACAGGAGCGAGUCGACCUGCUGGCGGUGAAGGUCACACAACUGGACUCCACGGUGGAGGAGGUUUCCUUACAGGACAUCAAUAUGCGAAAAGCCUUCAAGAGCUCCACUAUUCAGGACCAACAGGUGGUGUCCAGAAACUCUAUACCGAACCCUGUGAUGGAGGUGUACCAGCGCUGUGACAAACCACCUCCUCUCAACAUCCUCACUCCAUACAGGGAUGACAAAAAAGACGGGCUCAAAUUCUAUACAGAUCCGUCCUACUUCUUUAAUCUUUGGAAGGAAAAGAUGCUGCAAGCUACUGAAAACAAGAGGAAGGAGAAACGACGGCAGAAGCAAGAGCAAAAACACACGGAGGAUCCCACUCGUGAGGUAAAGAAAGUUCGUAAAGCUCGUAACCGGCGUCAGGAGUGGAAUAUGAUGGCAUACGAUAAGGAAUUCCGUCCGGACACUCGCCUAACACCAUCUCCUUACCAUGGCAUGUCCUCUGAGGGAUCUCUGUCUCCAGACAGAUCUGGUAUGUCAGAUGAACACUCGUACCCAGCGAGUCCCAACCACCCACAGGAAGCUGGCGGAGCAGGAGCUGAUGGGAAGGACGCGGGCCCCACGCAGACUCAGUCCCUUGACCGAGCGUACCGGCCCCCAGCCUCCUCCACCACUGCUGCAGCCCGACAGCACUCUCUGGGACGUGUUCAGGCCCACCACGGGCCCCCGCCGCCAGACUCAGCCCUCAACGGACCACGGCCAACAGCUGCCAAAGAAUACAGCGGCCAUCAAAUCCUAGAGCAUAUCAUCCCACCUGCCCCUCCUCCACCUCCUCCCCUCAUCCCUUCCUCUCAGACCGCCUUUGAUAGCACGUCUGGACCCCAGUCACUGGCUCCGGGUACAGUGGUGUCCCUCUCACGGCCCUACAGCCCAUCUCCUCCUCUGGCUCCUGCCUCUGCCUAUGCCGCUUCCCCUUCGCAUGCUGUAAUGGGCGGCCCACCAGCAGCCCCGCCUCCUCCCCCACCAGGACCCCCCACCCACGCCCCAUCCCCAGCCCGAGUAACACACCCAUCUGGAGAGUCUACUCUACCCAGAAAGGGCCAGGUGCCUCUGAUCCCCAUGAGCGAUGCCCGGAGCGACCUGCUGGCCGCCAUCCGCAGAGGUAUCCAACUUCGUAAGGUUCAAGAGCAGAGAGAGCAGGAGGCCAAGAAAGAGCCCGUGGGUAACGACGUGGCCACCAUUCUGUCCCGACGCAUCGCCGUGGAAUACAGUGAAUCAGACGAGGACUCUGAGCCAGAGGAGAACGAAUGGUCCGAUUGAGCCAGGGGAGGCGAGAACUGCGACCACCAACAUAAUGCUGCUACUUUCCAUUCCUGCACAUACACACUCCUCAUACGGUCAGACGGUCCUUGGAUGGGGCUACUGAGGAGAUCAUGACAGGAAACAGAUUUUUUUGUGCAAUGCAAAGUGGAAGGACACAGUGCAAGUGCAGAAAUAGAAAGAUGAAAAUGACAAACGAGACAGUUCGGUGAGGUAAGCACAGGAACAUUCAGAAUACAGUGUGUCUCAUGAUUACAAUGUAAAUUCAACAUGCUGGUAUUUGCAAUAGUUGCCAAGAAAAUACUUAUUGAAAAAAAAAAAAUGUUCUGUGAUUUUUGAUUGUCUUUUGGUAGCUGUCCAGAGAAUAUAUCUAUCCAUUUCUUGUGAUACAUGAAAAUGAUGGUCAACAGUGGUAUUAGCACUUGUAUUAAUGUAUUUUAUGUUAAAAAUCAUUGCCACAGUAUUGUUACACAAACAAAUUUGUUGUGGUAUCUCAGGCUUGCCUGAAUACAGUAUGGACAAUCAAAUCAUCGCUAUAAUAGGUAUUCAAAGUUGUUCUAAUCAAAGUAUGUUUCUCCUUUAAUAUCACAACUCUCCAUUAUCCAAGAUUUGUCACUUUGUUCAGUUGUGGACAGUGGUGUGAUGAAUAUUUAUACCCCAAUUUAGCAGUAAGUCAAUUUCUUGAUGCUUUCGUUAUUUGCUUUUUUUAUUCCUUAAGGAACAGAUGUGGCCAAUAAUAAUUUGUUACUGCUUGCAGUUUACUAAUAGUGUGUGUUUGUGUAUUGUGUGUGUGCUUAAAUGUGUAAGACGAGGUGAUGGAGUGCGAGACAGUGACAUCCACUAUUUUAGAAUAUUAUAAUUUGUAACAAUACAACUACUGUAUCAUUAAUGUGUUUUACAAUUUAUUGUUGUAUAGAUUUUUGUAACACUGCUCAAAAGAUGGAAAAGGCAUCUUAUGUUUAAACUAUCAUGUGGUAGGAAUAGAGUCUAAUAUGCAUGUAUGAAUAAUAAAUGAACAAAAAAAUCUA